UGGUGCAGCCAUCCCAUACUUCAGGUGUCGGGUAUUUCAGAUCGGGUUAUGCCCCGACCCGCCCGUUGCUCACCGUACAAUUUAAUCCUUCUUCAAUGAUGAAAUCGGGACAUGAGGACGUGGACUCUUUUACUGCACUGACUUUCGCGAACUCGCUACUUUCACCGUCUACUGACGUUUAACACUGCCGCAGUGCCUUCCGUCUGUAGUGGCGGAGCUACUACAACAAACUACUUGAGGGUUCCUCUACACUUCCUCCACUUCCACCACUGAGAUUUUCUUCAUGUCUGUAAUGCAAAAUUGUGGAGUGUGGACCAGUUAGCCUCAUCCUUCCUUUCUAUUGGUCCCUGAGAUUUCUAUGCCAAUCGACAGGGUUGCACCAGACGAUUUAAACAUUGAAAGUUCAAGAUAGUUUGAAAGGUUCUGAAAAAAUAUGGGGAGUGAAGAUAGAACUCUAGUUGAAAUAUUAGAAGAGAAUAACCCUAUUGAUCUUGCCAAAUACAUAAAUUAUGUCAGUGCUCCACAGGCUGGCGGCAUAGCAACAUUUGCAGGCACGACGCGUGAUACCUUUGAAGGGAAAAUAGUUGUGGAGCUAAGAUAUGAAGCAUAUGUACCAAUGGCGAUCCGUGAGAUCAAAUCCAUUUGUUCCUCUGCUAGAUUAUCCUGGAAUAUCCACUCUAUUGCAGUUGCUCACCGUCUAGGCUCAGUUCCAGUUGGAGAAACUAGUGUCUUUGUUGCAGUAUCAGCUGUUCAUCGCGCUGAUGCUUUGGAUGCUUGUAAGUUUGUUAUUGAUGACUUAAAAGCAUCUGUUCCAAUAUGGAAGAAAGAGGUUUAUUCAAAUGGAGAGAUUUGGAAGGAAAAUUCAGAGUUUAUGGAGAGGAGGCAAGAGAUGGGAAAGACAGUUCAGGGUUUCUGCAGGAAAAAAGUAGAGGUCAACAACACACAUGGUGCAAAGGGCUGCUGUGGAGGGAAGGUCAAACUGAAUGAAGAAGUUACAAAGGUUACAGAGGAUGGAGAGAUUCAAGAAACAUGAAUAAGAGAGAAAAAAAAAAAUGUAGAGAAUGUGUUUCCAGCAAAUAAAAAGACAAUGAGAACCUGUUUGUUUUGUACCAGUAGACAAUAAAAUUUUGCACUUGAAGGUGUAUACUUAUGUACCACUAUUAAUAAACUUGAUGCUAAGACGUUACUUUGCCAGUUUAAGUAAAUUUAAUUAUUCCGAUUGUUA